GGGAAGUUCAAAUGGCGCAAUCAUAGUACUAUCAAUCAUCGUUACUACUGGUAUUCUGUUGGAAAGGGAUCGCAGAGGUAGUUCGAAAGUUUUUGAUUUUCCACUUGUCAUUCGAAGAGUUAUCAAUAGAAGGUGACAAACCCUUAAAAAAAUUACACCGAUGAAUUUACCAAAAACUCCGAAAACCAAGGUUAGGAUAAUAUCUAAACGAGCUCUGAGCAGACCUAAGUCAUAGUCUUUUUCGUGAGAAGAAGAUCAAAGGAAAUGUAAAAAAAAUGUCUGCUCUAAUUGUAGCAAAGUUCAGAAAACGUUAGUUAUUAGAUUUUGUGAAGAAAGACAGAAGCGAAAUUGAACAUGACUUCUUCACUGACAUAAACUAUAAUAUAAAUUUUAAAAAAUAAACACGUCAAGUUCGUUAAAAGAAUAUCGGAUAAUGACACGUUAUGGAAAAUCACAUUGUUCUGCUCCGGAUAGUCAUAGCAGAGGAAAUUCAUCCUGCGAUAAGAUGCGGUUUCGAAAACGGAAAAAUAUCUUACAUCGUAUACAAUCAAAGAAAUUUCUUAACGUGGCCGAAGUGGUGUAUGGAUUUUUGGGUAAUAUGGCUAUUAUCGAUGCCGAAAGAAGAUUCGAUUAUAAACGCUGCGAAGUCGGUUCUGCUGGUUUAGAAAGGGAUGGACUGAUGCAUAAACAACCUCAAAAGUCACGUCUUUACAAAAAGCGAAUACGUCAUGAUUAUUCUGGCACUGCUUUGCAUACUGGACAUAAAUAUAAGAAAAGAUUGCAAAGAAUUAUUAAUGUUAAAAACGCAUCGAAACCACUGGCAAUUGAUACCCAGAUUUCACCGAGGAAUAAAGAGGCAACUGUACCUAAAAGUUUAUCUUGGAUAUCGCAUAUGAUAACAAGGUUAAAUAAGCCGCCUUUUUUCAUUCAAGUUACCAACGAUUACAUCAAAGCUAGCCUUGGAGCAGCUCUGUCAAAUUUUCAAUCCGCGCGUGGAAAGGAUGACGAAAGUAGAAGCCAAAGGAGGAAAUUGCGAAGGGGGCCUGAAAACUGCAACAGUCUCGACCGGAAAUCGCUUCGUCGUGGAAUUUCACCGUGGUUUACGUCUAAUCGACGACGUAGAAGCGGAGAGAGCGAGGCUGUUGUAACAAAGAAGACGGGGAAGAUUGAUAAGGACAAUCGAGAUAAAGCGUCGAGCCUGGAGACUUCGACUGGAUCGUCAAACAGAUCGGCUUCCUGUAUCGAACGAAACAAGCGCAGUAGAAGAAGCAAAUCACCAUUGAAACGGAAAAAUAUGAAAAGCAGAUUAAAAAACAUGCCGUGACGAUGCCACUAAAGAAAUUAAUUAUUGAUGACGAUGAACUUGCGACUAUGACUGUUGAAAAUGAAUAAAAUAAAGAAAUGUUAUAAUGC